AUGCCACGUCGUGGUUUUGACAGCAUACGUCGAAUGCCGAUUGUGGUGAUUCCACGAAAAAGGAAAUAUAAAAAUUACGUGUCUAGAAGGCGCAAUACGCAACUUAUCGCUAGUCUGCGUCGUUGUUUCUCUGAUCCAGUAUUAUACCGAAGUUACAAUCAUUGGGAAGGUCUAUCAAGGCCAUUUUCUCCUGAAAAACCAUCAGCUUCAUUUACAUCUUCUACCCAUGCAGCACCUAUUGCUGCGAUACCUGAAGCAAUUUCCUUUGAUGAUUCAACAUUGAAGGUUGAAGCUAGAACUAGUAAGGAAUCCGCUUCAUCAACAUCGAAAAAAUCAAAAUUCGGGGAAGGAAUGCUUUUUGGAGAAGUGACGAAAUCAGUAGUUCAAAAAGGUGAAGAGGAUGAGAAAAGGAGACGUAAAGGUAACCGAGAAUUAUCAAAUGUUUUUGAUUUCGAAAUGAAGAAAACUGGAUUAGCUGCUAAUUAUUCGGAUAACGCUAUCCUAGAUGUAAAUGAUGAAGGAGGAAGUCUGGCGGAAAUUGCCUUACGUGCUCCUACUCCGCCAACCACAUCCAGGAUCCGACCCCGUAAUUUGUCUUCUCGUAGUGUUAUGCUGUCAAGAACAACUACCGUCGAAACACCGCUCAUUAAGCGACGUUUCUUAGGUUAUGCAAAAUACCAGGAAGAUGGUGGUAGCGAUCGGAAGGACUAUCAUCGGGAAUACGUCAAUUUAUCGUCAGGAAAUAAUUUAGAUGAAAGAGAAGAGGAACGGACGGCCGAACAAAAGGCUCAGAAUACGGUUACAGCUGUCACUGCUGCUUUUUCAACCCUAACACUCGAACCACAGCAAACUGAGCUCGUUCAAGCUAUUGCGGAACAGACAAACAAUACAGGUGCCAUAACUAUUGUUGGAGCAGGAGAAGCAAUUAGAGCAACGGGUGAGGUUACGAUAAGACGUGUCGGUGAAACCGAAAAGCCAGUUGUAUCGGUACCACAACAAAUGCCAAAUAUAAACUCAGUAAAUGAUAAUAAUAACACCGUCUGUAUUGGCAGUGACAGUGGAUUACGAAUUCAAAAAGCAGUGCCUCAACCUACUGUAAUUACCCUAAUACCACCACCAUCCACCCGAAAACUAAAACCAACCAAAUUUUCACAUAAUUCCUUACUUGCAACCCUUCAGCUACCACCAUCUGUUAGUGCAGAAGUGGAUCGAAUUAUUGCAAAUGCUGAUCGGAAAGAAAAAGAACGAUGUUCCAAUCAUGCUGCUAUCAAUUCGAGUGAUCGUUCUGACCGCCUGCAACCAGCAUCCUCAUCGAAAUCACAUGUAACUGGAGCCGGACAAACACCAUCAAGUUCUGUUGCACCUUCAGUAGCACGACCAGUCGUUCAGGAUGACCGUGAUGGGCAUCUUAUUUAUCAGGAUGGUGAUAUUAUUCAAGGAAGAUAUGAAAUAGUACGUACAUUAGGUGAAGGAACAUUCGGUAAAGUGGUUCAAGUUAAAGAUAGCACUAAAGAUGGUCGACAAUUUGCAUUAAAAGUUAUCAAAAAUGUAACUAAAUAUCGGGAAGCUGCACGUCUUGAAAUUAAUGUAUUAAACAAAUUACAAGAGAAAGAUCCGAAUGGAAAGUUUCUGGUGAUACAACUUCUUGACAAUUUUGAUUAUCAUGGCCAUGUGUGCUUAUUGUUCGAAUUACUUGGCCUCAGCGUUUUUGAUUUCAUGAAAGCAAAUAAUUACCAAGCUUAUCCAAUGGAGCAAGCGCGAUACAUAGCUUAUCAGUUAUGUUAUGCAGUAAAAUUUAUGCACGACAAUCGUUUAACGCACACGGAUCUCAAGCCCGAAAAUAUUUUGUUCUUGAAUAGUAGCUACAGAGUGGUCGAGGAUGGAAAGAAAAAGAAGCCUUUACGGAUAAUCGAUGAUGCAAGCGUGCGGUUAAUUGAUCUCGGCUCAGCAACAUUUGAUCAUGAACAUCAUUCGACAAUUGUUUCAACAAGGCACUAUCGAGCACCUGAAGUUAUUCUAGAAUUAGGGUGGUCUCAACCUUGUGAUGUUUGGUCGAUUGGUUGCAUUUUGUUCGAGCUCUACCUCGGUAUCACAUUGUUCCAAACGCAUGAUAAUAGGGAGCAUCUUGCAAUGAUGGAGAGAAUCUUGGGUACUUUACCUUAUCGAAUGUGCAGGAAGUCUAAAACGAAAUACUUUUAUCAUGGACGCUUAGACUGGAAUGAAAAAACACAAGCGGGGCAGUACGUCAGAGAUAAUUGUAAACCGCUGUCGCGUUAUAUGAAAUCAAACGAUCCGGAGGACGUUGAACUGUUUGAUAUAAUCUCAGAAAUGCUUACAUACGAACCAUCGCAACGAAUUACGUUGGCGUCUGCAUUGGACCAUCGAUAUUUCAAACGUUUAGCACCGCAUCUUAGGCUACACGAAAGUGGUGCGUCAUCGAACGGAUCAUCAUCAUCAGCAGUGGCAACGGCGACAGCAACAGUAGUAGCAGCCGAAGCUAUAGUAAUAUCAGAUGUAGGCGAUGGAGAUGUUGAAGAACGAUAG